CUCCAUGAAAAAAGAAGGAUUCCUUGCUUGAGCUGAGAAGUAGAGUCAAAGGAAGGGUUUUUAAGUUGGAAUAUACAAAUUUCAAUCUUCUAUACCUUUAAUCUCACUCCAACUUUGACGCUCGAGCUACCCGAACAACAACAACAAGAACAACAACAACAAGAACAAGAACAAGAACAGAUUCAAACUUGACGUCCAAGCAAGCUUUUUUAUGUGAUCUUUUCUCCAAUCAUAACCUCCUUUUUGUUCUUAUGUUCGAGUGUUCCCAAGCUGGUCCCAAUAAUGACUUGGUGUAGUGGCUCCGAUGAUGAUGAGUCCUCUACUGCGCCGGCCCUGCGCUGCCCCUCAUGUGGCCUUCAUAUUGAGUUACAAGACCAGGCUGGGAUUCAUGAUCUGCCUGGACUACCUGCUGGGGUGAAGUUUGACCCCACGGAUCAGGAAAUUCUUGAGCAUUUGCAGGCUAAGGCGGCUGUGUCUGAUGCUCAUAAGCUUCAUCCUCUUAUCGAUGAGUUCAUUCCUACUCUUGAAGGCGAGAACGGGAUUUGUUAUACUCACCCUCAAAAGCUUCCGGGAGUGAGCAAAGACGGGCAAAUCCGGCACUUCUUCCACCGACCGUCAAAGGCCUACACGACCGGGACAAGAAAACGCCGCAAAGUCCAUACCGACGAGGAAGGCAACGAAACCCGUUGGCACAAAACCGGCAAAACCCGACCCGUAGUCGUCGGCGGCGUAGUCAAAGGCUUCAAGAAAAUCCUCGUCCUCUAUACAAACUACGGCCGCCAAAGAAAGCCGGAAAAAACCAACUGGGUCAUGCACCAGUACCAUCUCGGCACCAACGAGGAAGAGAAAGACGGCGAACUGGUCGUCUCUAAAGUUUUUUACCAAACUCAGCCUCGACAGUGCAACUCCUCCGCCACCGCCGCCGCCGCCGCCGCCGCCCUUCUCCAAUCAGAAAUAAAAUACAAAAACUCCGCCGCCGCCAACCACCACUCCGAUUCCACUGCCCAUGUGGAUUAUUACAACGCUUCCAAUUUCAUUAGCUUCGACCACAACUCCGACAACCCACCUCAGUUAUUGCCCAAUUUAGUGCUUUCCGGCGAAGCGUCGUCCUUCCUCCGGUUCCCGCCGGCCGACACCACCAAAAGAAAGCUCGACAUGAAACUCUGACAUGUCCGUAUAACAAAUUUCACACAAAACAGAUAUUUUCUGAGCUCCAAGAUUUGGUGGUUUGUUCUUUUCUUUCCCUUUUUUUUUCUUUUCUUUUGGGUAAUAAUUAUAAUUAUUAUAAUUAUUAUAUAACAA